ACUUAAACAUAAAAUAACAUACCGUCAGUCGCCAAACGUUAGCUAUAAAUUAAGCGUUGGCAGGAUGUCGUAGGGUUUGGAGGUCUUAACUAUUAGAAGACUUCUCGCCUCAUAAAACCCCAUCAACGUUAAAAUUAAAGUGUAUUGAAAAGAUCGAUGUUGUGGUGGAACUGUAUUCCUCGACCCAAAACGCGUGGUUUUGGCAUAAGUCAAGUUCUUGUAAUUUCACUUCUGUUUGCACUUCUGCCUCAAAGCGAAUCUUUGGAUUUCUGUUUCGAUGCCAACCAUGAAGGCACCCGACUCAACAGCAUAAUUCUGAAGAGGACGAACGCUCCAAACAAAAUUCAGUGCAUAUUGUCGUGUGUGAAAGAGCAGUGUUGCAGAUCUGUGAAUUACGGGGAAAGAUUACAACAUGAUCAGGCAUGUCGCUGUGAAAUGCUACACGAUGUGAUCGGCAAUACGACAGCGGAGUUGGAAAGCAAUUCAUCUUACGAUUAUGUUUAUUUGACUGCACCAUUGAAGGGAUAUGAUGAUAGCAGCUGUGCCAACGAAGAAGAUUUAUUUCGUACAGACUUUGAUCUGAGUUUUGAAAGCGUUCAAAACUUUACUUUGCUGGACAACAAUGUGCCAGAGAUGUCUGAUAUGACAUUCAUGUUUUGGAUCAACACAUUGAACGCUGACAAAAUGACAGUUUUAUCCUACGUCGUGGGCGGUACCGAAGAAUUUGCAUUCUCAGUUGAAAGGGAAAAGAUGUACCUCAAAGUUCAACAAUUGAAAAAGUAUUUUUUUGUCCCGCCAAUCAAUGACGGCUAUUGGCAUCAUCUGGGAGUAUCGUGGUCUCGGCUUGGAAACUACACUAUUUUCCUUGACAGUACAUUGGUCUACAGCGGAGAUGGACUUGGCUCGAAUGUACCAUUGAAAUCUGGAGGUGCUUUUGUCGUAGGUCAGAAAUUGGGAAGUUCAGACGGGAAUUCAGAGAGUUCAUUCUCUGGCAAACUAAGCGCAGUAAAUGUAAAUGGUGGAGCAGAUUUGCAGCUGCCGAUGGCUGGCCGAAAUGAAAUUAAAAAACCAAAGUUGUUUGAAUAA